GGUAAGACAUUUACAUUUUAUUCAUUUAGCAGAUGCUCUUAUCCAGAGCAACAUACAAAUAGAAAUAAGACAGGUGGGAUUGUUUUAGUCAACCAUAAUGUCAUAGUAUUGUAAGAGAUUUACAGCUACUAACUUAACAGUAUGUACAUUUAAUUGUUCUUAUAAUUAUUUUUCAGUGACACCUGUUCUGACAAUUGCAUUGAUUGGUGGCGCUGAUUCAAUGGAGAUUGAAUCUGGAAAUCUCCUUCUUGAUCAAGAUGAUCUACCAGCAGCAGAACUUUCACAGAUAGCACCCAGGAUGUAUGAUUUGUUCGGUCGUUGCAUCUCUGUCAUCAACAUGCUGGGCUUGCAGAGUUCUGAACUUACCCAGGAGAAUCACAUAGGUCCACUUGUGCAUAAGCAGGGUAUCAAUGCUGUCCUCUUACUUCUACCAUUGGGUCAGCAUAUUGAUUAAUUCAAAAUGGGAGUGGGGUGGCUGGAAAGAAUGCUUGGAGAGAGAGCCCUUGCCGUUACAAUAAUCGUCUUUACCCACAAGAAUGUGCAAGACUUUGGAUUGGGUGAUCUAAAGGAGAACAAUGAUCUGAUGAAUCUCAUUGAAAUGUGUGGAAAUAGGUAUCUCACUUGCAAAAGGAGUAUGAAUGAUCCAACCGAGAUUUCAACAGUACUUGAACAGAUAGACCUCAUGGUGUCUACAAAUGAUCCGUGCUGCUACACAGGAGAAAUGUAUGAUGAAGAGAUCAGGAAACGGCAACUGGAAACAGAUUGGGGUGACCGAUCACAAAGCGAGGAGAAAACUUUAUCAGUUCCAGGUAACUUGCCUGAAGAUGCUGUUGCAAACAAAGAAAAGGGAGAAGAAAUGAGACUUGAGGAAAUCGACGGGAGUUUAAAUGAAAAUAACAUCCCGGAAAAUAUACAACUAGCAAAAGUAGAAGAGCUCAUGUGUAGACUUCACCUUAAAGAUAAAUAUCAAGAUAAGUUGACAACUGAAGACUUCCUGAACAUUGGCUCUUCUGCUCAACAUCAACAUGAACCCCAAACAGAGAACAAACUAGCUCAUACUUUCCUACAAAGGUUGUUGAUGCUGGACUACAGAGCCAGGUACAUUCCUGUAAGAGAGGAGAAUAGUGAGAUGCAUGACACAAAUGACAACAGAAGUGAUAAUGCAGAAACAGAAGAAAGUGCCUUUGAUGCCCUUUUCAACAAGAACACAGUCUCUGGUGAUAUAAAGAGGAACACGCAUGUUCACCCAAUGGACGUCCAGAUGGCAGUGUUUCACUGUUCAGACAGUUUCCUUCGGCAGUUCAUGGUCACAAAGCUGUCCUUGUGUCAGUAUGCCUUGCCUUUGCUUGUGCCAAAUCCCUUCACCAAAGAGAUUGAAUGCCCUUUGUGGACAUUUCGACAAAUCAGAAAAACCUGGAAGUCCACUAAUGGCUCUAAUAUGGUCACCAGCCAAAGUAUGCCUAUUUACAAGGCAGAAACACGAAUGGUGUCGUUCUUUAGGCUUGGUUCUGUGUCCUCAUCAAAAUCUCAGCUGAUGAACAACUUGAUCAACCAACAUCACAGCACAUUCUUCCACAGACACUGUCCAGGAAGCAGUAAAACCUGCCUCCGAAUGGAUGGGGUGGUAGAGAUUGCAUGGUAUUGUCCUGUUGGGAAGCCCAAUGAUAUUUUCACUGACUGUGUUGCAUUCUGUAAUCUCCAUGGUGACGCCAUAGCGAAUGAAAUUCAGCGUGACAUACUGAUUGAAAAAGCCUCAGUCAAUGUUAUCCUUAUACCAAGUCUUGGAAAAGGCGACAAAAGUAUGGCAAUCGUGCAGGAGCUGUUCAAGUCUUCUAAACCUCUGAUAUGUCUGCUCACUGAAGAGGAUUCUGUUGCAACUGAAAAAAAAACGGGAAAGUACAAAAUGGGUUUGAGAGACAGAAAUCAGUCAGAUGUGUCCGAGGAACUAAAAGGGAUCAUUAUAAAUAAUUUGUCAAGACCAUGUCGCUCCUUCAAACUUGAGGACAUGGCAGAGGACUCAGGGGUUAGGGUAGAUGAGGAUGAUGAAGAUUGUCAAGUAGGGAAGACUAAUGCUCUGCAGAUAAAGGAUCUGCUUCAGGAAAUGGAACUGUCCAAGAUCAAAUAA